UACCGACUGUUCCAAUCAGACAUUCUGUUUAUUUUUGCUUUAUUCGUACUACUUAUUCUGUGAACAUAUCGUUUUUAAAAUUUUGUGUUUUAGUAAAAUAUUUUUAUAUUUACUCAACCGUACAGUAUGAAGCAAAGACAAAAAUCAAAGUACGUGAGUCCUAGAGCGCGCCGUCCACCAAAAUUCGAGCGCUACAGCAUUCCCCAAUCCAAACUGGAAAGAGCGCUAGAGUUCCUACAUUCAGAUUCAUCAGAUCGUGCUGUUCACCGGCCCUGCCAUGGAAAUAUUCUAAACCGUGCCAACGCAGGUCGCAAACAAGACAGAUGUUCACUCGAUACGGUCAACCUGCAAGAAGUGGCCCGCAUCUGUGCUGACCGAGGUCAAUGGCCAGAACUUAUGAAGACCGUUGCUAUCAUGUGCGAAGAUCCGCACUACCAAGAUGUGCAUGCAAUUUUGAGAAAUGCCCUUUUCGGCAUAAUUGCAGAUCCGAGUUUGAAUGAUCCGUCGUAUUUAGAAGCAUAUUUAUAUUCUUGUACAGCAUGCAAAAAUCCGGGAGACAUCACAUACUGUAUGGAUAAGAUUUUAGAGGUUUUUCAAGGUGUUACUAUACGACCUAAGCAUUGGCGGCGUAAAAAUCGUGAUAGCUCUUGAACGAUAUGUGUACUCGCAAAGUGCAUGAUUUAUUUGUGAUUCUAAUCGUGAAAAAAAUAAACCCACGUUUAUCU